GCUGAUUUACAGAAAAUAAUUAAAUCAUUACCCGAGCCCUCAUCAAUUUCAGGAUAUCGAUUGAAUCCUGUGGAAUUCGAAAAGGACGAUGACACGAAUUUCCACAUUGAUUUCAUCAUGGCUGCUUCGAACUUACGCGCCAUCAAUUAUGGAAUUCAGCCCGCUGAUCGUCAUAAAACCAAACUAAUUGCGGGCAAGAUUAUACCUGCUAUUGCUACGACCACAUCCUUAGUGACUGGUCUGGUUUGUCUAGAAUUGUACAAAAUAAUUGCAGGCAAGAAAAAAUUAGACGAUUAUAGAAAUGGUUUUGUAAAUCUAGCCUUGCCGUUCUUUGGAUUUUCGGAGCCUAUUGCCAUGCCGGUAUACAAAUAUCACGACAAAGAAUGGAGUUUAUGGGAUCGAUUUGAUAUUGAGGGGGAUCUCACUCUCCAAGAGUUUUUGAAUUACUUCUCGACACAUCACGAAUUGGAG